ACUUCCAAGUUUGCAACUCAUUAAUCGCUAAGGUCUCCAUUGCGAUUCCAGCCAUCGGCAGCUAAGUACGAAAUCGUUCAACAAACGCUCGCCGCCGAAUGCUCUGAAGUUUUCAUUGAACCGCCAAAGUACGCGGACGUUUCAUACUCGUAUAACGCGCGUCGCGGUCGGUUGGAGUGUGCGCAGCAAAGUGGUACCUAUGGAAGCCAUAAAUCAGUUUUGAAAAUUUCUCCUGUUAAAAUAAAAAAAUAUUUACCGUUGUUUAUAUGUUAUCGGUAAAUAUUAUUGGAAGCACGUGAGAAAAUCGAUUUAAUGAUAAACUUUCCCCCCGUUUCGCUGUAUGAACUUUAUUUAGUGUGAGUGUUGAGUACCGAGUGUUUUGUUUUUGUGUACAAAAAAACUAUAAAUAUAAUAUAUGGGAAUAAAUGAAGCGCGCCGUUAAUUGUGAUUAUUUGGUGUAGACUUUUACAAAAAAGCCAAUUCGCUCCCAGAUUAACCGACAAGGUGACUAAUGAAGCCGGCGUACACUCGAAGACGCAACAAAAAACGUUGCAGUGGAAUUAACAAUGAAUAAAAUCGAAAAAAGGGCGCAGAAUUCAUUGCCUUCCGUUGUGUGCAUAAUUAAUUAAUACAACAUUUACAAUAACAUUAAUACAUAAUAACAAUAACAACAACAAUAAUAAGAUAAUAAUUAUAAUAAAGCAUAUCAUGGCUUGUGCUAUCACCGGCAGAUAGCCGUCGUGCAUGAAUGUAUGUAGAUAACGGUAUUUUGUGUCUGCGCAUCUGUGUGGAGUAAUAAAAAGCCGAAUUUAGUUAUCAUAUCAACGAUAAAUUAAACAUGUAAAUAUCGGCAAUAAUAAAGAAUUACCUGGAACUCAUGCAUUCUCCGAUAUAUUUAUAUCCACAACAAUAACAAUAACAGCUAGUCUUCGCAAUUGCUUGGUUUGUUGUGGGUGGCAUCAGCGAGUGGAUUUACAAUAAACCAGUGGGUGUGCAGCUGGUGCUUUUAGAGCAGAGUGAAUUUCGGUGUCGCAUUUGGUGGUAGAAUUAUUUGCAUAAAACAUGAACAAUGAUAACUUUGGCUUUCCCUCGCAUGGAGAACGGCUGCUGCAGGCGCAGAAUCGACGUAAAUUUAGUUUUCCCGCAACAUUAAGCUCUACCUCUUUAUUGGAGGUGAAUCAGAAUAUAACACGUCGACGCCUGAGCAAUGUGAGCGAUGUUGUCACAAGAAAAUUGUCCUACACGAUCGGCUGGAAGGCAACGCAAAUACCCACACAGGAUAUCAUAUCACAGGGACGUUGCAUAUGCGGUCAGUACAUACGAAGACGCCUGCGUCGUUCUGGGUUGUUCAAUAAAAAGUUGGGCUUUCAACGCAUACGUAGUGUACUCGGCACUCCUUCGAUGGAGAUAGUGCGAGAGGUAUUCCCAGCUGUGAUGGUGCUCGGUGACGAGCUAGAGCGCAUGCACCCGCGUAUCUACACAGGUGUUGCAAGGCAAAUUUGUCGUGCACCAAGCGGUGAAUUUCAUUCAGCCGAAACGAUUACAUUGCUGUUAGGUGCCGUAGGUCGUGAUCUGUUUCGUUCUGAAAUCACAUGGAGCAAAGUUAUAUCCCUAUUUGCAAUUGCCGGCGGACUUUCCGUAGAUUUCGUGCGUCAAGGUCAUCCGGAAUAUGUACCUAAAUUGAUUGAUGGUGUGUCCGAGGUGAUUGAAGAUGAAUUAGUGUCGUGGAUCAAUGAAAAUGGCGGUUGGCUUGGCCUCAACACACACGUAUUGCCGGUGACAAGUAAUUUUAGCCCAUUGGAAUGGACCACCAUCAUUAUCGGUUGCAUUUUCGGUUUAUUUGUCCUAUAUAUGCUAUUAAGAUUUAUAUUUUUCUAUAUAGUACCAAAAGUGUAUCACCGCCUGACAUCAUAGCUAAGUUAUAUGUAGCUACGUAAUUUCCUAUUUUUAUGUACGAGUAAGUGCCCAUACUUCACUAAUUUAGUUUUAAUUGUACAAAACUAUUAGAUAAUAUUGUUU